CUUCAAGAUUUAAGAUAUCAAGAUGGAGAUUGACAACUUAAAUGGAAUUAACCCAGUUAACGUGAGUAAUGUAGUUGAUGUUGAUGUAUCAAUGGUAGAUAGUGCUACUGGGUUACACAACAAUGAUGGUGAAGGUGAGAAUCUUGGAAAGAAAAGAAAAGGUAUACGAAAAAGGUCAAAGGAUUGGGAGUUAGAGAAAAUUUAUACAAUAACGGUUGAUAGUGCAUCAGCAAAUGAUGGACUUGUGAGAGUUUUAAAAGAUGCAAUGAACAAAUGGGGAACUACUAUUUUUGGUGGGAAAGAUAUUCACAUGAGAUGUGUAGCCCACAUCAUAAACUUGGUUGUUGGUGAGGGUACCAAAGAGAAAGAGAUGAAUAAGUCUAUGACUACCAUUAUUGUUGUAGUCAAGUAUGUUAGGCAGAGUCCUAUGAGGUUAAAGCGAUUUAAGGAGGCUUGUGAGUGGGCAGAAAUUCAAUCUAAGAAGCUGCUGUGUUUGGACGUCCAAACAAGGUGGAAUUCACUUUACUUAAUGCUGGACACUGCUGAGAAGUUUGAGGAAGCUUUUGAGAGGUUGAUCAUAUACUUAAAAAAUGGGAACUGGAUGUGGAUCUUCAUGAUAUUGCUGUACAAGAAGUUUAAAGCUGCCAACGGUAGAAGAGUAGAAAAAAUAGAGUUGGAAAAGUACUUGGAAAAAGAUUCCAAGGAUGAAGACGAAGCCAUUGACGUUCUUCAGUGGUGGAAGAUGAAUGAGCAUAGAUUUCCAAUGUUAGCAACAAUGGCAAGAGAUGACUUGGUAGUCCUGAUAUCUACUGUUGUUUCUAAAUUAGCAUUCAGUUCUAGUGGUAGGGUUCUUGAUGCUUUUUUAUCAUCGUUGACACCAAGAAUGGCACAAGCUCCCAUUUGUGCACAAGAUUGGUUGAGAGAUAAGGCUGAUUCUAUUUCUAAUAUGGAGGAGGACUUGGACAAAUUGGAUAGUUUAGAGAAAGUUAAUAUAUUACAAGUUUUCUUUUGGGCAAAUAGGUUUCUUUUGGACAAACUGAAUUUCUUUUGGACAGUUUCAAAGUUAGUGAGAGAUGACAAUUGGACAUAACAUGCAACCCAUGUUAAGGAAAAAUGGUGAUUUUCUGAACUUAAAUCACUUGGUAGUUGGUAUCAAUAGUAGAUUAGUUUAGCUAAUGUUUAUGUUACAACUUAGGUUUAUUAUUUUGUUAUUACUCUAAACUAUCUUAGUGUUUGAACCACAAAAUUUGUAUUUAAGUAACAACUUGUGAUAAGGUGAUGCAAUAUAGGUACUUGAUGAAAUAUAUGAUAUUUUUAAUUCUAAUUAGUAGUUUAUUAUUAAUUCUUUUUUUGUUGUUUUAUAUUUUAUUUUUGGACAUUAUGUGAUUAGUUUUCAUGUUCUGUUGAAAGUGAAUAUGUUUAUGUUGAGUGCACUGUUUUUUUGUUUCUCUUGGAUUGAUUGAUGGAGUUUUGGUUCAAGUUUUUAUAUAAAAUUGAUUUUUUGUUGUUUUAUGUUUUAUUUUUGAAUAUUAUGUGAUUAGUUUCAUGUUCUGUUGGAACUGAAUAUGUUUAUGUUGAAGGCAUUGUUUUCUUGUUUCUCUUAGAUUAAUUGAUGGAGUUUUGGUUCAAGUUUGGAUAGGUAAAUUGGUUUUCUAUUGUUUUAUGUUUUAUUUUUGGACAUUAUGUGAUUAGUUUUCAUGUUUUGUUGGAAGUGAAUAUGUUGUGCAUUCUUUUCUUAUUUCUUUUGGAUUGAUUGAUUGAGUUUUGUUUCAAGUUUGGAUAGGUAAAUUGGUUUUUUGUUGUUCUAUGUUAUAUUUUUGGACAUUAUGUGAUUAGUUUUCAUGUUUUGCUCGAAGUGAAUGUUUAUGUUGAGUGCAUUGGUUUUUUUAUGGAGACAGGUCGUUGAUGCACUAUUCAAUGUUGUAUCAACAUCACCAACAAAAGCAGUUGCAGUAGUUGUUCUUCAGGUCCAAAUUUUGUUCAACUUGUAAAAAAAUGGUUUUGUUUUGUUUAUGGUUGCUAACCUGUAACAAUAAGUCUAUGCUAAAAGG